AAUGAUGAACCUCCCAAAAACAGCUGAGAGCGACUAGUCGCAGAUACUAACCUUCUCCUGUUAAAGAAAGACCUGAUCCACAACAAAACCACAUCUCUGCUCUGAUGGACAAGAGGAACUGGCAGAAGUGUGUUUCAUGUCAUCUGUUAAUAUUGAUUAUUGUGAAAUUAUUCUAAUGAAUGCAGUUUCAUGUGAUCUGAUUUGAAGCGACAUCAUGAGGAAGAAGAAAUGCAGUUUAAAUCCUUUUUAUUUCUUUAUUGUUUCAUUAUUGUACUGAUGAAAAGUUGGACUGACUUCAGUGUUUAAUGACAUAAAUCUCUGUCAGCUGUUUGUGUCUCUGACAUUAAAAUGUUUUCUUGAACAGAAAAAGCUUGUGUUUCCUGACGGCUUCAGUCAUUUAGAGAUUGAUAAAGAAGUUUAGUUCUUGUGCAGAUAAUCAACAGGACUGAAGGUUCAGCUUUCUGUCUGUCAGUCUGAGACAGAAACUGGACCAACAGCUCUGACAAACAUGAGGAAGCUGAAGCUCCUCCUCUUUCCUCAGAAGAGAUCUGUGGUGAUCUGGACUCAUUCCAGAGAGCUGCUUUAACAAAGUCUGAACCUGAACUCUGAGCUGACAAACUCACAGUUUCACUUCACAACAGCUGAUCACAAUCACUUCAUCCACUCUGAGGAUUAAAGUGAAAAACCAUCAUCAGUGGACGGAGAGACAGAGUCUGGCCCAGCUGCCUUCUGUCUCCUGGAAAGUCUGUGAACGUCCCCCUCCAGGAUGGACAGAGGUGUCCAGGUGGUGGGUGAGGAGGAGGGGCCUAACAGCAGCAUGCUAGCUGCUAGCAGGUGUGUUAGCAGUUAGCUCAGCAGCCACACCUGUCUGUCACAAUAAUGAAAGCUGCUCAGCCUGUUUCUUCACAUUCCAGCAGCUGCUUCAGUGGAAACAGUUUAAAGUGAAACUCCAGUUUUCUCCUCACAGAGUCAGCAGAUUAUCAGGAAGAGGAAAGGGACAGCUAGCUGUGAACUGAUGUCCUCACUGUGUUUCUGAAGACUUCCUUUAGUGAGAAGCAGAUUAACUUUGUUCUUGUUGGAGUUUCUACAGGAAGAUGAAGAUGUUUGUGGUGUUUGUGAUCCUCGUGCACGUUUCCCAGCAUGCCUCAGCUGUGGAGCUGUAUGAGGGGGAGGAGUUUGUCCUGCUGCCCUGUGAGUUUCCCACCUUUGACAUGGACGACCCCACAGUGGUGUGGAGCCGCUACGAUCUCGAUCCUCCAACCGUCCACCAGCGUCAGCAGGAAGAUGAUGAACUUAAAGACCAAAACCAGCUUUACAGCGGCCGAACAUCCAUGAUGACUGACGCUCUGGACACUGGAGACCUCAGCCUCAACCUGACAAAACUCCAGCUCUCUGACAGCGGCAGCUACACCUGCACCGUCAGAUGGUUAGGAGGACAACGGAGAGUGACAGAGAUACAGCUGCAGGUCAAAGAACGAUUUCCAUCCUGGGCCAAAGUUCUCCUGGUUCUCCUGGUUCUCCUGGUUGUUGGUCUUGUUGCUGCUGGGGGUCUUCUGGUACAUUUCCGGCAGUAUUUCAUGUCAGUCUGUCAGGUGGAGGUGGAGGAGGGGGCGGAGUCUGUCCUGCUGCCCUGCAAGACCACAGACAACCUGCCUGAGGACGCUACAGUGGAGUGGAACGCUAUGAUCCCUAUAAGAUGGUCCACGUGUAUCAGAACGGCUCUGACCAGCCUGACCAACAGGACCAGGUUUACAGAGACCGAACAGAGAUGAAGAAGACCUGCUGAGAACUGGAGACCUCAGUCUGACCCUGAAAUCCCCCACAGUCAGAGAUGGAGGAACAUACUGGUGCAAAGUCUACGACAAGAAGGGAGUCCUCAUGAGAUGGAAAUCAGUUGAUCUCAGGGUCAAAGGUCAGUAUGCAGACUGAGGUCAGAGUCUCUGUGUUUGUCUCUGUCUGACUGUCCUCUGUCUCCUCUGCAGAGAGAAGCAGGAACAGAAGCAGCUCCACUGAUCCAACUCCUCUGAUGGCCGAUCAACCUGUUUGAUCUUUGAUCAUUGAUCCGAUCUGACUCUGGAUCAGAGAGAAAAUGGAGGUGAAGCAGCUGAUGGAGGACGGAUGAAGACAGGAGGACGCUUUGUCAGCUUCUUCUUCACUCUGACUCCUCCUACUGACUCUCACACACAGUCUACACACUCACUAUUGAUUCCUGCUGAUCAGUGAUGUCAGAGUGAGGUCAGCGUGAUGUCACAUGGCUUGAACGGGCGUGUUUCCUGUGAACCUCCCAGCGGCUGGAUAACAGCUGCGGCUCUCUGGAUAUUUGUGGCUCGUUCUAAUGCGUGCAGUCAAACAAACUUUAUUUCUACAGACACAGAGAAGUCAGCAGCUGCAGGAAAUCAGAACCACUGACAGGAAGUUAAGAGUCAAGUUAAACCACAUGUCAGAACUUUCUACAGCAGCAGGAUUUAGAAGAUGCUGGAAGCUGCUGUCUUUAGAUUUUGGACCCGUCACAAUUUGUCACAUUUUCUGAAGCCACAACAAAUCUUGUUGAAAGGAAACAGUUGAUUGAAGGUCCAGUUUCAAACGAAGAGUCAAAGCUUCUCUUUGUGUCGACUCCUUUAAUGAGAACAUUGAAAAGGACUCGAGUCCAAGUCUCAAGUGUCCAGCUCAGAUUAUUCCAGCACCAACCCUGGCAGGAUGCAAGUUAAACAGAAAGCAACACAUUUAGUGACAGAACAGAAAGCAGCCAGCUGUUAAAAUGGACUCAGAGAAUGAAGACACAAUAAGAUUUGAUUCAGUCAGACUUUCACAAGAACAAAGGUUUGUUCAGCCUGAACACAAAUGUGGUCUGUAGUGUUUUUGUAGUCCCUGUUUAUUCAGCGCCUCUUCCUCCUCACUACACACUGGAUCAAAGCACAGCAGUUAAACCCAGAGGCCUCCAGUGGACCUGGUUCAGGCCUCUGAAACAUCUGGACUCUGUGAUCUUUGUCUUCCAGCGUUGACAUUUGGAGCAGGUAUAAACAGACGUCACGUGAUCUAGUUUGUUUGAAGCGUACCGAGUCCUUCAGACGUUGAUCUCAGAACUCAGCAGAAACUCCACUUCUUUAGUCUCUUUCCUCCAGGUUCUGGUUUUUCUCGUCUCUGUUCAUUCCUCAAAGAUAAAGCUGGAUUUUUCAUUGAAGCUGAAACAUUUCAGUAAAUAUGCCAGAUUUAGCCAGAAGGCUGUUUUUCAUCUGUAGUCAGUACAAGUCAACACAAAACAGACAACAUAGUAAAACCAACCCAGGGACCAGUAGACUCCAGCACAAUAUACUAGCAGUCAUUAUGUUCCAGUACACAGGUCAUGAACUGUUACCAGAGGAAAUCAGAAGCUUACAGUAAUCUGUUGGACUCAAAGAUGUUAUGUUAUUAAAGUGCUGUUUAUGCACUCAGAUCUAAUUCAAUAAUCUGGUUUCCUGCAGCGGUUUGAAGCCAAAAUAAACAUUUUGCUGUGAUUUCAUUUCAAUAAACUGAUCAAAAUGA